ACUCACUGCUGACUUACUGCUCAUCUUUCUUGGCCUUUGUCUCUUUUCAUUUUUCCUCUGUUAUCGCAUUCAGUUUUCACUUCCAAGGAUGGCAUCAGAAUGGGAUUAGCUGCUGACCUGGCAAUCGCUUCUUAAUUCUUAUCUUAAAAUGGAGAAGGAAUAGCUUGGAGGAAAUGUAAAUCCCAAAGUCUUGAGAGGCAUUUUGUACGGGUGAAACCAACUUUCGUAACUAAUAACAUCUGAGGAGGAGUUUGAGAGCUCACUAAGAAACGUGAAGGGUCAUCAACCCGUAAUUUAUUAUGGUGGUUCUAUCUGAUCUUCCAGAAGGAUCUUCAUCUUCUUCAUCAACUCAUGGUCUUAGUUCAUCAGCUCGUGUUCCUACUUCAUCAACUCAUGGUCAUAACUCAUCAACUCAUAAUCAUAGAUAUGAUGUAUUUUUAAGUUUUAGAGGUGUUGACACUCGUCAUAGUUUCACUGAUCACCUUCAUAAGGCUCUCAUUGAUGCCAAUAUCAAUACCUUCUUGGAUGAUGAAGAGAUUGAAACAGGGGAAGAUCUGAAACCAGAACUGGAGACUGCAAUUAAGGCAUCUCGGGCUUCUGUUAUUGUUUUGUCCAAAAAUUACGCUUCUUCAACAUGGUGUCUGGAUGAAUUGGUGUUGAUCCUUGAGCAGCGUAUCACAUCCAACCAUAUUGUCAUCCCAAUAUUUUAUCAUGUGGAGCCCACCGAUGUAAGGAAACAACAAAGUAGCUUUGGAGAUGCAAUGGUUAAGCAUAGACGGAUGAUGGAGGCGGAGACAAAUGCAGAUAAGAAAAGUCAAUGGGCUCGAAAGAUGGACCGAUGGAAUAAAGCGCUUAUGGAAGUAGCUAAUUUGAAAGGAAAGGAUGUAAAUGGAAGGCUAGAGACAGAGUUUAUUGAAGAAAUUGUGAAGGACAUCCAUCAUAGAUUACAUGUACACUUAAGGAGCGUUGGACAACAACUUAUUGGGAUGGAAAAUCAUAUUAACUUUGUAACUUCAUGGUUGAAAGAUGGAUCCUCACAUACGGCAGACAUACUCACUAUUUCGGGUAUGGGUGGGAUCGGGAAGACAUCUUUAGCCAAACAUGUCUAUGGGUUAUAUUCUCAUGAAUUCCACAAAAGCAGUUGUAUCGAAGAUAUUAGUAGGGCUUGUGAUGGAAAGUUUAAUGGGUUGCUUGAUUUACAAAAACAACUCUGCAAUGACAUUUCAAAAACAAGUUCAAUUAAAGUUCAUGAUGCUUUGGUAUACACCUCAAAGAUAGAGAAUAUUGUAGCUCGUAAAAGGGUGUUUCUUGCUCUUGAUGAUAUCAACACUCUUGAUCAGUUGGAUGCAUUACUUGGGAGCAAAGGUUUUCAUCCAGGAAGCAAAAUAAUUAUAACCACAAAGGAAAGACGUUUGAUAGAGAGGUGUGCACUAUUCAAAACAGACAUUAAACCAAAGCAUACAGAGCUCUUGCUUCAAGGCUUACAUGAGACCGAAUCAUGGAAACUUUUGUGUCUCCAUGCAUUCAAAUGCAACUAUCCCAAGACAGGUUAUGAAGGGGUGUUAUAUAAGCUUGUGAAGUAUUGUCAAGGACAUCCAUUGGCUCUUGUAGUAUUGGGAAAAUCUCUAUAUGAUCGAGAUGUAACUUAUUGGGAAGGGUGCAUAGAAGGGCUAAAGAAAGAAACAGAUUCUCAUGUGAAUAAUGUCUUGAGAAUGAGCUUUAACUCUUUGCCAUCCAAAAAUGAUAAGGACUUGUUUAAGUAUAUUGCUUGUUUUUUUGUUGGAAUAGAUCGAGAUGUUGCUGAAACAAUAUUAAAGGCAUGCAAUAUAAACAUAAGAUCUGGAAUCCCGAAUCUCUUCGACCGAUUCCUUCUUACAAUUGGAGGGAAAAACGAAUUGAAGAUGCAUCAGUUGGUUCAAGAGAUGGGAAGAUUCGAAGUACAUCAAGAAUCACUUGACAAGCCAUGGAAGCGAAGUCUAUUAUGGUGUCAUGAGGAGUCAUUCAGAGUAUUAAAACAAAAAAAGGGUAAGGGAAAUCUUGUUGGCCUUGCCCUUGACAUGCGCAUGCUUGAGAAAGAGAUGUUGGGUGCAUCAUAUAAGCUAAAAACAGAUGCAUUAAUAAUCCACAACGACUUGAGAAGAGGCAAAAGUUGGAUGGAUUAUGCUUUAAAAACAAAAGCUCUGGAGAGGUUAAUAGUCAGAAAUUGCACUGGUUUGCUUGAGGUUACUUUAUUCUUCAAGAGUUUUCACACGUGGGCCGUAUGA